GAGGGUUUAUGAGAAUUGUAAGAGUUUUUGUUAAAGUUUCUCGUCUCAGUCCGGGUCCAGCUGCCUCUGUUCCUCUCUCUACCUGUUUUCUCCGCUUCCUGCCUUCUUAGAAUGAUCGAAAGUGAAACAUUAGCAGCAGGAAGAUGAUCAGAUAGGCGGCCUGUUCGGGUGAAUUCAUGUAUAUAAAUAUUAUUCAAAUWAAAAAAAUGACAGAAGUUUUGCAUGGAAACCAGCAGUAAGAACCUUUUAAAGUUAUUCACCAGGAAACUUGAGAACUUAUCCAUCUCAGAUUAUCAUGGCCUGAGGAGUCCUGGUCUGACGUGUUAUCUGAACWGUGUGCUGCAGGUUCUUUUUAUGACUGAAGACUUUCGAGAGGCUGUGAAAAGAUGUUGCAGUAAACAUUUAACACCUCUCGACCGACACCUGGAAAGGCUGUUUUGUGAAUUAGAGAGAGGGGCAGCCAGAACACACGGCAUYGCAGAAGAGCUGGGCAUCGAGGAUGUGUAUGAGCAGCGUGAUGCUGCGGAGUACUUUGAGAAGACUCUCUGUCAGAUCAGUCCAGAGGCCUCMAAGAUCUUCAAAGGAGAGCUGAACCAUAAAACCAGGUGCCAGAAGUGCAAGAAGACAACCAAUUCCAGAAGCUUCUUCUGGGUUCUUCCUCUUUCAGUGGACGAUUCGAGCAGUAAAAGCUACAGCGUGCAGCAAGGGUUGGAGGAUUUCUUUAAGGUCCAAAGAGUCAGCGAGGAGAACCAGAUGUUCUGUGAYGGCUGCAACAAAAAGCAGGACACAGAUAUUAAAUACGAGCUGACGCAAAGCCCAGACGUCCUGACUCUCCUGCUGAAGAGGUUCACCUUCGAUUWCAGACGGAGCUGCUACAUCAAGCUGCACCGCAGAGCCGACGCUGUCCCAACCCUGCAGCUGCAGAGCUGCAGGUAUGAGCUCUACGCUGUAGUUCAUCACUACGGUUCUCUAACAGGAGGCCACUACACGGCUGAUAUCAAAUCCUUUGAAACUGGAAACUGGUACUGCUUCAAUGACAUCACUGUUAAAAGUGUCCAACAACAAUAUGUGGAAUUAGAAAAGAACUCGAUGAGGUCUGAGACGGCUUAUCUUCUGAUGUACAGAAAAGUGGACAAACAAACAAGUCAGACUGAUGGAAGACACCUGAGGUCUCAACGAGGACAUUCAGACGUCCCGACUGAGGACAGAUGGGACGAAUCAGAGCUCAGAGACUUUCUCCCUUCUGAUCAUCUGAAGCAUGAAAGCUGCAGAGGAGGGGAUUAUAAGCUCUUAAACGGGGAUCUAAUCUCUGGUGAUGUGAUGGAGAGGAAACAUAGAGACUCUCUGAGAAGAGGAAUAAAACAAACAGACUCUGAAGCUGAAGGACAGCAGCAGGAACAUCUGAAGACCUCUGAUGGACGUCUCAGGACAAAUUCCUACAGACAGACUUUUCUACAAGAUUUGAAAGUGUUUAGGAAUCAGACGGAGGCUGCAGCAGCUUCAACACAAGAAAAAAAUACUAAACAGAGAGAAAAGACUUCAGUCAGAGAUGUUGGUUAUUCUGUGAAGACAUUUGAUGCUUCCUCUUCAUCUCCAGUCCCACAGUGCUCAUGUAAUAACUGUAGAGUACAUGAAAACAUGAAGAAAAAUAAUGUGAAGAAACAACCUGCUACCUCAAAAGCUGUAAGAAAAGGAGAAAAUACUGUGAGUCAGACAGAGAAACGGGUUAAAAAGCCUGAAACUAAAAACACAAGAGCAGCCUGGAAGUAAAGGAAUAAAAAGUUUUCUUUAUUUAAAAUGCUUWGACUUUUUGUUCACAAGAUUAAACUGUUAUAUUUAUUGACA